CACGACAGGGAUUGGAUUUCCUGAACAGUCAACUUUCGAUUUGAAACCGAAACUGAGGUUGCGAGAUCGUUCAGAAGGAACUAUAAAAUGACACGGAUGAGACUGCAUGUUCGUAAAUAAUCAUGGUGUACAACACGUGCUGCGCUUGCGGAAGAAAAAUCGUACAAAGCGAAAGAAAUGAAGAUGCCUGUGACACAUGUGGAAAGGUCUUCUGCAGAAGUUGCUUAACCCUGAAGUCAAAGCUUGAAAUGACGGCGUCCCAGCGCCGACAGAAGUCCUGCGUGUGUCAGCGUUUUAUGGAUAUGAAGGAUUGCAGAAGCCCUGUCGCGGAAAGUGAAUUAAAAGACAUCACACAAAAGUGUGAUACUCCGAAUGAUACAAGUAAUGGUGUCUCUCUCUUUGUGAAAGACAAAGUUGAAGCUAUCGUAUCUCCAGAUUAUGAAACAGAUAGAAAAACAGAAAUAUUGGAAUCAUCUGAUGGCGCUCGGUCAAGCUCAUCUUAUCGCGUUGAUAGUAGUCGAAAAAAGAUAGAUGCGUACAGCUCACCAGGAAGAAAGUGGUUGGCCGUCGUCAAUAAAAGUGCCUCGAUUCCCGACACUGCAGUCCCGCAGAAGCCCUUACAAAGAGAACAGUUAUUCACGCCCGGUGAAAUCUUCUCGUUACAAGCAGGAGAAGACACUUUGGAAUCAUCAGAUCCCGAGCAGCCAAGUGUUACUUCGGUCCCUGAGAAGGAAGUUGUAUUGGAUCUCCCAUAUCUCGAACUGUUACAUACGCCUGGUAACAAUGACUGGUUUCAAUUGGCCAACGGCGCAUUUGAAUCAUCGUAUCACGAACACCUACUUGCGCCUGAUAGCAUCGACUCUUUCCAUGUACCGGAUGACACAUGGGAAUCGCCACCUAACGAAUGGCUAAACGCAUUCGGGAACAUAGAGGUUGAAGAUACCUUUAGAUUCAUCACAUAACAAAGGACUAGACGCGCAAAACACGGUUGAGUCCUUCCAUUUGACAAAAACUUCUUCAGACGCUCAUAAUGAAGGGCCAGACACGCUCGAUAAAACGAAUGUGUUUUUGGUUAGCCAAGACAUUGUGAAUAUCGUCACAAAACAAAGGCAUCAACUCGCCCGUUAAAAUUGAUUCGUUGCAAAUGCCGAGAGACUUAUUUGAAGUAUCCCACCACGAACAGCUGGACGCCUUAGAGUCGUUAAAGCUCCAACAUUCAAGUGCGGGAUGUACAGUCGAAUCGGUUGAAGAGAUCAGAGCUGAAAUAGCACCUUCACAUACGAAAAGUUUAGAUUCGAUUCAAGUGAUACAUACCAUGGGAUCACUUAGAAGGAACUGAUGUUGACCAAGGGUUUUGGUACUGUCAUAAAAACAAAGUGGAUGCAAAAGAGGAAGCACAUUUGCACGAAAUACGCACCACCCAAGACUCACGUUUAUAAGAAUCAAGUACAUGCAGAUUUGGUAUCAACAAAGGGAGAAGAACAUACCACAAUGCAAUGCACAACAUUUGAAGGUAAGCAACCAAGUCAAAUUGUAAAACCAUCGGCCCAUCGGCAUGUUGACAUCA